ACUUAUAGGCUUUACAACAAGAAAUUCCCGGGGAAAUGGAUGAAGAAUUGGAAAAAUACAAAUGCAGAUUACUAGAAGAAAUGCCGUUGACCGAUUCACAACAAAUAGCGAUAGAAGAAUUCAAAGAUAAAGAAGAGGAAGGCGAGGAAAAGCAGGAAGAAGAAGUUAUAGAAGAAAAAAGUGAAGAAGAAGCUGUUCUUGAAGAGCCGGUAGCUGAAAGUAUUGAAAUAUGGAUCGAUGCAGUUCCUGGUAUAGGACCUAUUGUACAAGAUCAUUUAAUAAAAGCUGUUCAGGAAUAUAUGAUCAGCGUUGCUGCACAUCAACACAAUAUGGUUAUGCCGAGGAAUAUUAGACAUUACAAUUGCCCACCUCUAGAAGUUGUUGAAACAAAUUAAUAAAUGUUUUUAUCGACUCAUCGGUUGUAUUAUUUUACUCUGGAUUUUUAUUUAAUUAAGAGAAAAUAACAAGUUUUUUUUUAACAAUGUUACACAUCCUAUGGGAAUUUAAAAAUUUCGCUAAUG